AUGGGGGUCUUGCUGCCUUGUGCAGAAACAGAGCUGCAAGCAAAGGGCAUCUGCACCGGCUGGGCCCAAGAUGGGCUGAGCGCCAGAGGGAAGGAGCAGGCCGAGCAGGCGGGUGCGUGGCCCUUGCGCUUCGUUUCAUCUGUUCACCAGGCCGGCAAGCUCCUGACGGAUGCCGGCUUCAGCUUCGAUGCGCUUUUCACUUCGGUUCAGAAGCAGGCCAUUUGCACUGGAUGGCUAGCGCUAAUGCAAGGCGAUCGUGUGGCCUUGCCGCAUAUCCAGAACUUCCGACUGAACGAUCGCCACUGGGGAGUGUACCAGGGCAAGGCGAAGCCUUCAGCGGAAGAGGAUCCCAAGGAGGCCGCUCCUCCGGCAGUGGGCAUCUCGGAUGCCGCGCAUCCCUCCAACGACCCCUUGUACAGGGGUGUGCCCUCCAGCGCACGACCCGGCUCCGAGUCGAUGAAGAUGGUCGUGGACCGAACCCGCCCGUUCUGGCACGACGCCAUCGCGCCCUUUCUGCUUAGUGGCAAGACGCCGCUGGUGGUGGCGCAUGAAGGGUCCGUUAGAGCCAUCUGUCAGGGACUUGAGGAUGACACGGACGCAGAGGCGCUUGAAUACGAAAUCCAUCCUGGGGUGCCUCUCGUAGUCGAGCUCGACGAGGAGCUGGAGUAUCGAAAGCGGAUGGCGUUGCUGGCAAGUGGCGUCGCAAAAGCAAGGAGAUUCAGCCUAGCGCCUGCAGCAGGUCCCGCCCUGCGGCAGGGACCCACUCCCAAGCCCAAGGCGAAAGCCAAGGUGGCGGAACCUGCGAAGCCGAAGGAGGACUACACGGUGGAAGUUACGGUGCAAGGGGCCAAGGGACUUCGUGAUGCAGAUUGGUUCACGGGCACAUCCGAUCCAUACGUGAAGUGCACCGUCUCGGGCAAGGAAGAAAUUGUUGGGGACGCACUGCACAUGUCGGCCGUGCGUCGUCCCAGCACUUUGCUUUUCCGCGCAGGUUUUCUUCAGAGAGGCAGUGGAUUCUCGUCGCUGCCAGUGGUGAAUCUCGCACCCUUCCUGGAGAAGGACGGCGCCGCCAGCCCCGAGCGCCGCGCUGCAGCGGCGCAGAGCUUGGAUGAUGCUUGCCGCGGCGUUGGCUUCUUCUACCUGGAGGGGCACGGCGUGCCAGCCGAGAGCCAGCAGAAAAUGCAUCAGCUGGCCAAGGAGUUCUUCAGCCUGCCGGCUGCGUCCAAGGAGGCGAUAGCUCUACCAGCACAGUCUUCCACUGGCCGAGGUUACCAGAGGCUGGGUGAGAACGUAACGCUGCAAAAGCGUGACUGGCACGAAGCCAUUGAUUUCUAUGCAGAGCCUGGGCCUGACGCGGUGGAGCUCGGCAGAUUUGCAGACUCGCCGGCGAAUAUGCGAGAGAGCCAGCUGGAGCAAGUACGAGCCUUCGUGCACGCUCGGAACCGCUGGCCAGAGGAGCCUGCCGGUUUUCGGAGACAUGCAGAAGGAUACUUCGCAGAGAUGCGGCGAGUCGGGGAUGGCUUGAUGGAUGCGAUGGCGGUCGCCUUCGGCAUGCCUCCCGCCCAAUUCCGCGGCCUCACAGACCGCAGCUUCUGGUGCGCACGCGUGAUCGGCUAUCCAGCGUUGUCUGAGGGUAAGGAGGUGGGCCUGUCCUGUGGUGAGCACUCGGACUACGGCUGCUGGACCAUCCUUUCCCAGGAUGACACCCCCGAUGCCCUGGAGGUGCGGUUCGCGGAUGGCACCUGGGGCAAAGUGCAACCGCGACCUGGAGCCUUCGUCAUAAACUUGGGGGACAUGCUGAGUGUGUGGACGAAAGGGCGCUAUGUGGCAACACGGCAUCGUGUCCGCCAGACCACCCGAGAGUUCAGGACAUCGAUCGCAUACUUCCACGAGCCAAACUUCGAUGCAGAAAUCCGAGCGCUGGAAGUGACAGCCUUGCGACCCGGCGCAGAUCCCGCGGCUUCGUCCCUGGUCGCCAGCACCGGGCCCUUAAAGCGGGGCCUGGAAGGUGGCGCCCUCAUCUACGGCGAGCACCUCUUUGCCAAGGUCGACUAUGGGCAUUCAAGUCUAGCAGCGCAAAAGGGCAGUGGGGAAAUCCGCACGCCGACACUGUCGAACAUCCGCGCAGAAGUCAUCAAGUGGAACCAUCUGGAAAAGAUCCAGCUCAAGCAUGGAGACUCGUUAGACUUUACCGUUUACGACGAGGACACGGGGAAAUCUGACGACUUCCUCGGCAAGUGCACACUGCGCUUUGACGAUAUCCUGCAGGACUUCAGCGGCACCCUUAAGCUGGUGGACGAGAAGGGAAAGGCCAUGCCUGGCAAGACCAAGAAAGGUGCGUUUCUCACGGUGGCCGUCAAAGAAAUGGACUGA